AGCUGGAAUAAUAAGGUUUUGGGCUCUUGCGAGUCCGACCCAGCCUUUCUGCUCUUUGCUGGUUCUUUGUGAUCCUUUCCUCGCAUCCCACGUUCUCUCUUUAUCACCCAACCUCCACUUCCAACCACCAUCACCACCACCACUCCUCCUCUUCUGUUGUCUUCGUUUCACACAUCCUUGCGGAGCAGGCUCCUUUGCAUACACUGGCUACACUUGCAACAGGUGUUAGUCGGUUAUCAUCUGCUGCUGCUUGACCAUGCCAUCCAUGUUCCGCCGGUAGAGAGAGAGAGAUAAGCGAGAGCGAGAGAAGAGCGUCAACACCGCCGAAUCACCCUCCCCCCUCUCCGUCCGCCCACCCCCCCUCCUCUACCACGACCCGUCUGCAGUUUGGUCUGCAACAUCACGAUCCGAUCCUUUGCGGCACCUAUACACGUCCCUUCCGCGGCUUGUUGAACACCAGUCGAGCAUCAAUUGCGCGUCAUCCCGCUGUCGUGACGCUUCUUCCAGUGACGCACGCCGAGGACAAGUUACACCUCGUUGCAGACCUUCACACCCAUUUCUCGGUCGAACAAGCCGCAACACAGCUUGCACGAGACUACCGGUGCAUUCACGUAUCGGUUGCGGUUGCUCGUAGCGUUUGCCGCCUCCCGCUGCACGCACUCUCUUCAUCUGUUGGGUGAUCUUGCUCGCUGUGCAGCAGCAGCAGCAGUAGAGAGUUCGUUGCACGCAGCUGCAACCUUGGGUGUCGUUCCGAGCAACGGGGCAGACUUAGACAGCUCACACCGGCUGUUUUCUCCCUCGUCUUCUAUCGUCUUGCUUCCUUCUCUUCAGCUCCCCUCGGCAUCUGCGCAGGAUGGCCAGCACAUGGAAAUGGCGGCUGAGCUCGCUGUUAUGCUCCUUUUUCGUCGCAGCUCGCUCCGUCGAGGCUCUGUCGAAUGCCUACUGUUCCUCCCAGAACACUGCUGGUGAUGUCGCAUUACAAAGCAUUUACAUGUCGAUGGGCAAAUGCCACGACACCUGCAUAUCCAGCUACGCCUUCGCCAUCCUUCAAGGAGAGAACUGUUGGUGUUCGAACUAUAUUCCCCAGGAGCAAACCUCGACAAGCUCGUGCAAUACGCCCUGUCCUGGAUAUCCAUCCGACACGUGUGGCAACACGUCGGAGGGUCUGUAUGGCUACAUAAAGUUGAACCUCGCAGCGUCGGGCACUGCUUCGGCCGCCUCUAGCACUGGACAGACAUCGACAAGUUCGGCCGGACCGACUUCUUCUUCAUCUUUGUUCACGUCGUCUCAAGAGCCGCUCUCCAGCGGAGGGACGACUACCACUGACAAUGUAUUUCCUACUUCGUUAUCGUCAUCGUCGUCGUCUCAAAGUCAAGAAGUGCCGGCUUCGUCCUCAUCGCCGAUCACCAGCGUUCAAGUCGUCACUGUCAGCGGAAGCAUGGUCACCCAGACGGUGACGAGUACUCCUACGACGGGCUCAUCUGCCCUCCUCGGCGGUCAACAGAAGAAGACCUCGAACAUGUCGGGUGGCUUGAUUGCUGCAGCGGUCAUAGCCUCCGUGUUCGGCGUCGUGAUUAUUGCGGCAGUCAUCUUCUUUGUCUGGCGCCGCCGCAGACUGAAUCAUCAGAACGAGAAAUUUGGCGAUAUAAACGACAACCCGUCCUCGCCGUCAAAUCUGAAUCGCAAUGCCAGCACAAAUAGCAAGGCUGGGCUGCUAGACAGAGCUUAUCCUCCCACCAUUGCAACUAGAGUGAGCUCCUACAAUGGGCUGGAUAUGUCGUCGUCCGAUGCCGUCAGCCCGGUGACGCCCAACUCAGACAAGCGGCAUAGUCGACCGAUCGUAUACGAUCAACGACUCAAUCCAAACGCAUUGAUGGUUAUUGACAAUGGUAGCCGUGCCAGCCUCACCACGCUAGAUGAUCACCGCGAUUACGGCCGGAUGUUGAAGGUUGUCAAUCCGGAUGAUUCUCCCCGGGCUAGUUUCUCAUGACCCCUUAACUUUCUCUGUAAACCACAUAUUUUUUUGUCACGUUCACGUCUUUCACUGUCAUGACACAUUACUUCGCAAUAGCAUCGGCGUUUCUCUUGGGAUUUUGCUUUUUCUUAUGGCACAUCGACGGAAGGGAUAUCUUAGAUGGUUCUACUCAAUUUCGAAAGUGACAUGAGUUGGUACACAUAUGACAAUCGUUGCAUCGAUGGGUUGCUUCCACGGAAGCAGUGGAGGGCUUGUAUUUGCUUUUAACUUUUUCUUCUGCAUUGCGCACAAACGGAUAGUCCUUCUGUUUGGAUGUUUGCACAACAUCGUGCCUGGCAUUUUUGCUUGGUGCAUGGUGUAGGGGCGCGCAAUAAAAAGGGAAGCGUGGUUCAAGUUGGCUUCAGCUGCUCCCAGUUUAAUAACGCACACGGAUAAAGGAUUGGAGAAUCAAUGGGCAGUCUUGCUCUCAGAGUGGAGUUUUUUGUCCGGAAUGGGAGGGAUCGCUUCGUCAUGUAUUGACAUAGCCCUCGACAGAGGAAUCCACGCUUUAACUGGAUUGAAUGCCAAAAAGUUCACAUCUGA